AUGCUCCAACUUGAGAGGUGCGAAGAUAAAGAUGAUGCCUACAAGCUUGGACUGAUCGCUUUCAUUGAAGGUGUAUUAGUAUCAAAGGAGGGCAAUGUCCAAGUUUGGCCUGAGAUGUUGAAGUUUGUUAACGAUCUCGAAUUCUUCUUUAAGUAUCCGUGGGGCGAGCGCGCUUUUCGUAAGCUGAUGGAGACAUUAGGAAAGAAUAUGCAACAUUACAAGGAUAAUGUUGACAAGAAGAAGGGGAAGAAGAUUGCUCAGGAGGCAAAGUACACUGUUAGUGGCUAUGUACCUGCCUUUCAGUACUGGGCAUACGAAGCAAUUGAGAAGUUGGGGAAGAAUCGGUUGGUGGUGAAGAAGUGCUUGUUUCCCCGGCCCAGUGAAGAGGCAUACUUCAAGAGUAUUAAUGAGGGUAAAGCCCCUCUUUGCUUUGAGAUGGACGUAGAACAAACGGUGGACGUUGAUGGUACACAGGAGUCUGUGUUUGAAACUCAAGCGAAGACCAUCAACGAGGCCGUGACAAAGGCAAAUUUAGUUCCACCACCACCGGCACCUGAAGUACACGAGCCAUCUACUUCAGCAGGUCCUUCUGCUCUAACCAGUACAACUGUGGACACUGACCUUGUAAAGAGGUUUGAUAGCAUUGAGGCCCGGCUGGAGAAGCUUGAGUCCCAGCAGGAAGCCGUCAUGUUGGCACAGACGGGGUUAGUAAAUAGCCAUCUCAGUAUGAGGCGGUCCUUCACAGAGAGUCAGAAAGAUCUGAAGGAGACUCUACUGGCUAAGAUGGACGAGUUGAUGGCUAUGGUAAAAGGAGCGCCCACACCUGGAGAGCCCACACCUGCACCGCAAAAUGAGGAACAAGAGGCGAGUGAUAACGAAGAUGUCUUCCCAGAAGAUUGGGAAGCAGAUGAUAACGAGGCACCGUCAACUCCAUUGGAAGCAAUUAUCACGGCCAUUGGGGAUACACAAUCACAGGACGAAGUCCUACUUCUACCUGGACCCCCAGAAAAUGUGCCAUUUGUGAGGAAGAGGAAGCCGCCAAAGUACUUGAACGACUACACUGCGGAAAAGAAAAAGAGGCGAGUUCUUCCAGAGAACGUAGACCCGGAGAGACCAGCAGACCGUAGAUUGCUUCGUACGUUCAAGAGGUGGUUGAUUGGAGACAUUCCCAAUGCCCGACCUAGGAAUGUGCACACCGGUGUUGGCGAUGUCAAGUUCUUCACAACUUUGUUUCUUAGGUCGGAGUGGCUUCACGAUGAUCACAUAGAUGCCAUAUCACACUUGAUGAGGAGGAGAGGCCAUCAUUUUCCAGAGUUGUACCCUCAGCCAAGUGUGAUUUUGGACACAACACUUCCACAAUUCCUCAUAGGCAUUUGGAGCUGCCAGACUGGUGACAAAAGUACGUUCGAAUGGCCAGAUGCAGUGAACCAGUACUAUCUGGGUAUGGAGAGCCGUUACAUGCCAUGUUGGAAGGAUUUGAACUUCAUAUACUUCGUCAUGUACUUCGAUCAUCAAAAACAUUGGGUUGCUGUUGAGGUAGAUAUUGAUAUGUGGCAGAUUCGGGUGUACGAUAAUGAUUUAUCAUGCACCAGCGACGCACAGUUUGAUGCCAUCAUGCUACCUUGGACUGAGUUGUUUCCACAUCGGCUGAGGUCUACUGGCUAUUAUGAUCAAGUGAACAACAACAUUCUGAAUGUGGACUUAGGGGACAGUAGCCAACUCAGAUUAAUACAUGCUAGACGCAUGCCAAGUGAGGUGGUUCCCCAAAGUAAAACAAGUGGUGAUUGCGGGGUGUAUGCACUUGAGUACAUCGAACACCUAAUGCUGAAUCGGUCCUUGGACAACAUUACAGACGAUAGCAUGAGAAUGUUCAGAGAUCGGUGGUGUGUAGACUUGUUUUAUCAGAACUUAACUUGGUGA